AUGCUGUAUAUAGCUUCGGCACUCACACCUACGCCGAUCCUCAAUACUCUCAAAGUAUCAGGUUUCGCGGGGCCAGACUCCACUUCGUUAAUAGUUGCCAAACCGGAUCGAGUGGAAGUAUGGGACGUGGAAUCAAAGGGUCUAGUAUAUCAGACUGAGUCGGAAGUGUGGGGGAACAUCGUGGGGAUAGAAAAGGUUGAAGUUGAGGGCGCACGACCUCAUAUCCUUGUACUUCUCGCACCUCCUUCAGCUCAUCUCUUACUCCUAACAUACUCUACUUCCCCUACACCCUCAUUGAUCGUCACUUCCUCAAUACAACUCACUCCGCCUACUCCAACACUCCGUCAGGCAGAGUUCUUUACAUCUGUAAUCGCACAUCAGAAUGUUGCGCUCGUAAGUCUCUGGAUAGGUGUGCUAUCAUGUAUCGAAUUGGAAGUAGAAAAAGAUAAAGACGCCAAGAAGAGAAGGGCCAGUACAGCCGGUGACAUUAAUAUGGUCGAUGAAGGGAAGAGGUUGAUCUUUAAAGAUAACUUCAACAUCAAUAUACGAGAACAUAACUUACUUCACCUAGCAUUCUUACCUGUUCCCUCAACAUCAUCUGGACCGAUCGUAUCGUUCCUAUGGUUAUCAGCAACUUCCGAUCUUCAACUCCAAGCUCGUACAUUAUCUCUCUCAUCGCAUUCCUUCGAUGACCUAUCAAGAACUGUCGAUGUGAUCUCACCUCUAUCCUCAAACUUGACAUUGACCGAGGAAACAGACUUCAACCAAAUUCCAUUCUCCUGCCCAGCAGCCAGACGAGUCUUACCUAUCCCUUCCUCCUCAGGAGGUGAAAAGGAAUAUUCACUGUUGGUCAUAGGUGAUGAACACGGUGUAUUGUACAACUUAGGUGUGACGCAACAAUCACCAAAGGCAUUACGAAGGUUAUCAGCAGUUUCGGGUACGAACACGCAAACCAGUCCUAGAGGUGCGAAUGUUAGAAGAUCACCUCAGACUGAACUGGUCAGUACGACGAAUAAACGAAGGAAGUCCAGUGUAAACUCCAAAGGGCUUGGCGAUUCGGCGAAUGAAAGAUGGGAAUUGAAACCUGUCUGGAGAGUACGACAAGGAUUUGGUACGGUCUUAGCUGCAAGUAUAAUUGAAGCUCAUUCCACAGGAGCAAGUGCUAUCAUAGGAGACGAGUGUGGUAGAUUGACCGCUAUUGGAUGGGAAUUUGAGAAUCAGGGUAUACUUGAAGGUGCCACUGGGCAGAAUGGCACAGUCAGAGUGAGAAAGGUGGAAGUGGGAAAGGCCUCACCUCCAUCGUCCCUGACAUAUCUCGACUCAUCGUACCUUUUCUUAUCGUCAGCCGCCGGCGAUUCGUCUCUAUUGAGAAUACAGCUACCUUCACCUGAUACCGUUCAGCACUCGACGUCGCCUUCCGGACCCAGGAAAGGCAAAGGCAAAGCGAGAGACGAGGCUGAAGAGGGAUUGUGGACGGUGACACAUGAAGAUCAAGGUAAUGAGUGGCGGGGAGAUGUUGACGUCAAAGAAAGAUGGAUGAACGUCGCUCCUGUCAAGGAUUUCUGCGCGGUACACGAGGAAGGCGGUGGAUUGUCACACCUCGUAAUCUCUUCCGGGGCGUCAAAUACCAAUUCGCUCAGGAUCGUCCGAAGUGGCGUGGGACUAGAGGAAGUUGUGAACGUAGAAGGCAUAGAUGGUGUCGAGAGGGUCUGGUCAUUGACCGACUCAUCAGGAGUAUCACGCCUUUUGCUCUCGACGUCUUCUACAACGUUGCUUCUUCAGAUGGACCCGGAGAUAAGUCCGAUUGAAACGGCGGAACAAGUCUCAUCGACAUCGACAAUAGCAGCUGGCGUUGUGCCCGGUGCAGACAUACUUGUUCAAGUCUCUCCGGAUGGCAUCGCGCUAUGGUCAGAUGUGACCAGCGGGCUGUCAGCCGGAUCAAUUGACUUGGACAAAGAAUCAGAAAUUAUCGCCGGGCAAGUAUACGAGUCUUUAGUUGUGGUUGCCAAGUGCGGCGGUGAAGUGAAGCUCUUUGAAGCUACCCCGAAUGGCUUGAAUCUCGUCGCCUCAAUCAAUGUCGCUUCCGAAAUAUCAUCCGUCUCUGUCAUCCAAUCUGCAACUCUACCUUCACCCGUUCUGGCUAUUGGCACAUGGACCAACGAGAUCUUGCUAUAUACCCUGGCCCAAAUCCUAUCGGGAUCAACAGGUGUGACCACACUCAUCGAACAAUUCUUCCCUUCUUCCCUCCACCUCAGACCGUUCAGCUCAAGCUCAACAUCAACGAGCGGUAUCCAACUAUUAGCUGGAUUAAGUGAUGGAUCUCUAGUAAUCUACGAUCUCGAGCCAUCUGGACCUAACAAUGAAGUCAUCGUCAAAUCUAGGAAAUCGUCUUCGUUGGGUAAUAGACCAUUGAGUAUCUGUCCUACCACUGGACCGGUUGUAGGGGAUGAUAAGGUGAUAGGUAUAGGGCUGAGCGAGAGGAUGUCUGUGAUUUUUGAGAGUGGGGAUAGAGUAGAUUUCUCGUCUGUUAAUAGGAAGGAUAUAAUCGCCUCGACAUCGAUAUCUUCACCCACCCACGGUGAAGUCCUCGUCUUAGCAUCUUCAACCGGGAUAUCAUUGACGAAAAUCAACUCGCUCAAGAAAUUGUCUGUCCAGACGCUCGAUCUGGGAGACAGAUCCGCUACGAAGUUGAUAGCUUACAGCGAGAAUCUACUAGUCGAUGGGGUAAUGGUGAAGACGAUGGACAGUCAGAAUGGAGAGGUUUUGCAGAUCAGUUCGAUGGAAUUGAGGGAUUCGAACACGCUGACUCCCCUGUCUGAAUUACCCUUGAAAGCACGAGAAGAGAUAACCUCUCUCAAAGCCGUCUUACUGAACGGUAAGAAAUAUCUAUGCGCCGGAACGGCCAUCUUACCUUCUGACGAGGAAGAUAAGGACGAAUAUGAUGAUGAAGAUAGUUAUAUCAAUGUCAAACAAGGUAGAUUGAUGUUGAUCGAUAUCGUACAGAAUGAAAAGCAAGAAUGGGAAUUUAAAGUUGUGGUUGAGAAGACUGUUGAGGGGCCGUUAUAUGAUUUGGAGGUUGUUCAUGGGUUUUUGGCUGUCGCUUCGGGAAGCAAGGUAUCGAUCAACCGACUCUCUCCCAAUCCACCUACACUCACGGAAGUGUCAUCUUUCUCGUCUGCUUUCCUCGCUUCUCACCUUACUGUCGUACCGUCCGAUAUCGAGAACGAGGAUCGCCUGGUUCUAGGUGACGGAAUGCGAAGUAUCAUCGUGCUGAGCAUUGAUGAAGGAAGCGGUAAGAUAUAUGAUGAUACGAGGGAUCUGGCGACUCAUCAGGUUACGGCGAUGGGCAGGGUAAGGGAUGGUGGUGAGGGUAUCGUGAUUGGUGAUGGCUACUCGAACAUCCUCACGUUCAGACUGAAGGAAGGAAUUGAAACAGCUGCUUCCUUUGGAUUACAUGAAGAGAUCGCUCGAUUUAUACCAGGUUCACUGGCCCCUCCAACAUCCUCAUCAGACGUUCUCAUCCCCAAUCAACUAUUCGCAACAUCUACAGGGAGAUUGGGAAUAAUUGGUGAACUGACUCCAUCAGCCACCAAGAUUCUUGACGAUCUACAAAGAAAUCUAGACAAAUACUGGAAAGGACCUGGUGGAGUCCAGUGGAAAGAUUGGAGGAAAGGUGGGAGUUCGUUGGUCAAGAGAGAUACGGCAGGAUGGAUUGAUGGGGAUUUCGUUCAAAAAUUCCUCAACACCAAUUUAUUCAGUCCUGAGGAAUCAGAAAAGAUUUUACAUGGUUCCAACUCUCAUGAACAUAUUUCGAGAAUCAACGGGAAUGGACAGAAGGAACCUGCUGAUAGGAGCGAUGUGGUCAGGAUAUUGGAAGCGGCGAGUGGAAUGCAUUAG